UCUCCUCUCUAUCUAUUCAUUACAUAUCUUUGUUUCUUUCACCCACAAACUCUCUCAUUUUUCAUUUUAUCUCUAUCUAUCUUAUCGUCAUGGGGGCUCAACGUCGUUUCGAGCCGAUCUCAAAAUGUAGCUCUGACGGGAGAUCAAACCAAACGGUGGCUUCAGACCUAGACGGCACGCUUCUUGUGUCAACAAGUGCUUUCCCAUACUACAUGCUCGUUGCUCUCGAAGCCGGCAGCCUUCCAAGGGCGCUACUGCUUUUAGCAUCAGUUCCGUGCGUAUAUUUCACGUACUUAUUCAUUUCCGAGACUUUAGCAAUCCAAAGCUUCAUCUUUAUUGCUGUGGCGGGGUUGAAGAUCAGAGACAUUGCACUUGUGUCAAGGUCUGUCCUGCCCAAGUUUUACGCCGAGGACGUUCACCCGGAGGCCUGGAGAGUGUUCAAUUCCUUCGGCAAGCGAUACAUUAUUACCGCCAGUCCCAGAAUCAUGGUGGAGCCAUUUGCCGAAACCUUUUUAGGGGCUGAUAAGGUAAUUGGGACGGAGUUGGAGGUCACAAAAUCUGGAAGGGCAACUGGGUUUGCUAAGAAACCAGGUGUUCUUGUUGGUGAUCACAAAAAAGCAGCCAUUGAAAAGGAAUUUGGCACAACCUUUCCAGAUGUGGGUCUUGGAGAUAGAGAAACCGACCAUGAUUUCAUGUCGCUUUGCAAGGAAGGUUACAUGGUGCCAAGAACAAAAUGUGAGCCACUUCCAAGCAACAAGCUAUUAAGCCCAAUUAUAUUUCACGAAGGCCGGUUAGUUCAGAGACCGACACCACUGGUUGCCCUCUUGACCUUCUUAUGGAUGCCGAUCGGAAUUGUCCUCUCCAUCUUCAGAGUCUACGUCAACGUCCCUUUGCCUGAGCCAAUUGUCAGACAAGUUUAUAAGAUCCAAGGCGUUAAGCUUACUGUUAAGGGCACCCCUCCACCAGCACCAAUGGAAGGCCACAAGGGAGUGCUCUUUAUCUGCAACCACCGUACAGUUUUGGACCCCGUUAUCGUCUCCGUUGCCCUCGGAAGAAAAGUCAGUUGUGUCACGUAUAGUAUAAGCAAAUUUAGCGAGAUGAUUUCGCCGAUCAAGACCGUGGCAUUGUCGAGAGAGAGAGAGAAAGACGCAGCUCAUAUUAAGCAGUUGCUUGAAGAUGGAGACCUAGUGAUUUGCCCCGAGGGAACGACUUGUAGAGAGCCUUUUCUCUUACGAUUUAGUGCUCUUUUUGCCGAGCUCACCGACAGGAUCGUGCCCGUUGCGAUUAACACCAAACAAACGGUGUUUUACGGGACGACCGCACGUGGGCAUAAACUGUUGGACCCUUAUUUUGUGUUCAUGAAUCCAAUGCCAACCUACGAGGUCACCUUCUUGAAUCAACUUCCCACAGAGCUCACCUGCAAAGGUGGGAAAUCUGCGAUUGAGGUUGCGAAUUACAUUCAAAGGGUGUUGGCUGGGACAUUGGGGUUUGAGUGCACAUGUUUGACGAGGAAGGACAAGUAUGCCACGCUCGCAGGAACAGACGGCCGUGUUCCAUCGAAGAAGGAAAAGGCCUAGCUAAAAGCAUAUUCCAAUCAUUUGUCUGUAUUGUUAAUUUUCCCCAUAUUAGAGAAACGUUUUACCACAAUUAAGAAUAAAGAUUGAAUAUUGUCAUGCUAUAGCUGUUUGCAAAAUAACAGUUAUGUUAUAUA